CUCACAACGGGUUGCGUGGAUUAACCAAGACUUAAUACCUACAAAACGACGUCUCUAAGGAUUAGCAAGUCCAGUUGAUAGACCUAUAAAACGACGAGUCUCUAAAGAUUAACAAGUCUUUAACACCUACAAUAGGACAAGUCUCUUAAGUCCUUUUGUUACAUCUAGAACAAGACAAAUACCACGGGAUACUAUGGAUUAAUAAGUUGUGUGUUUUUUAAACAAGUGUUGAAUUUUUCUAACUUCGCCUGAAGUUUAUGUGUUGGAUAAGUUCAUUGAAAAGUUUCUGCCAUUUAUUUGUACAAGUUCCUGAAAUUUGUUGGAUAGUAAUUGCUUUGGACAAGAAUUUUUAAAAAAAAAUUGUUUGAUAGCAAUUUAUUUGGACAAGUGUCUGAAAUUUCUUGGAUAGUAAUUGAUUUGGACAAGUUCCUUAAAUUUGUUGGAUAGUAAUUGAUUUGGACAAGUUUCUUAAAUUUGUUGGAUAGUAAUUGAUUUGGACAACUUUCUGUGGUUUGUUCUGGGUGCCUUGAAGAUGGACUUGUUGGUCAACCAAGACAGCCUCGACAUGGAUGACCUUUCUUUCAUGGGUGACCUUGACUCAGACAUGACCUUGAGCCGGCACAAACGCUUCAUCACGACCAAGAGCCUGGUGGAACAAAGCCGGCUCACGGCUCUCUACAUCAUCUUCAUUCUCUUCAUCCUCCUCCUCAACGGGUUCUUCAUCAUCGUUAUCCUGGAGUCCAAGACAAUGAGAGCCAGUUCCAGACACAUCCUGAUUCUGAGCGUCUGCAUCGGGGACAUGAUCAUGUCGGUCUUCGUACUUCCGGUGCUGCUGGAGAUGAGGAUGCGACACGGGGAGACAAUCGUGGACUGCCCGACAUUUUUUGCCAUGAGGAUCUUCGCGGAUUUUCUCAUUCCGUCAGUCACAACAUUGGCCAUGUUAGCGCUCAACAUCGACUAUAUACUCAGGCUCUGCUGCUCCGCCUACUCUGAAGGCUGUAGCAGGACGACCAUUAUCGUGUUGCUGUUCCUGAUGCCGUGGGUGGUGAGUGGUGCCGUGCUGAUCCCCCUCUACAUCGACGGCAUGAACAAACUCUCGCAGAACUGGCUCCAGACCUGCGACAUCGAGAUGGGCGGAUACCUGACCCGCACCCUCCUCAUUGUCAGCUACUUCCCACAGGCUGGCCUACUGCUAGUGUUUAACCUGGCUGUCUCCAUCCUCUACCUGUGCCGACGUGAGUCCUACAGCCUUGACGUGUGUGGUGAGCGGAUCCGCGCCCCAGUGGACAUCUGCCUGGCGUCCUUCACCACCAUGCUCUUCUACACGCCCAUCUUCCUGGUCACCCUGCUGACCACUGAGGGUUACCUGGGCUGUGAGUACAGGGAGGAGUGCCACGCCCUACGUGUGCUGAGCACGGUCUCCCUGUGGCUGAUGUUCACAAAGUCCUGGGUCGUUCCGCUCUGCUGGUUCGCGUGCCGUGACACACGGGCGUGUAUCAGGCAUUUGUUGGCAUGUUGUUGACGUGGGCAUGUGUAGAUUUUAAAUUUGUUUACAUGUUAGUGUGUUGUUGACGAGGGCAUGUGUAGAUUUUAAAUUGUGUUUACAUCUUGGUGUGUUGUUGACGAGGGCAUGUGUAGAUUUUAAAUUUGUUUACAUGUUAGUGUGUUGUUGACGAGGGCAUGUGUAGAUUUUAAAUUGUGUUUACAUCUUGGUGUGUUGUUGACGAGGGCAUGUGUAGAUUUUAAAUUUGUUUACAUGUAAGUGUGUGUGUGUUGUUGACGUGGGCAUGUGUAGAUUUUAAAUUUGUUUACAUGUAAGUGUGUGUGUGUGUUGUUGACGAGGGCAUGUGUAGAUUUUAAAUUUGUUGACAUGUGUGUGUGUUGUUGAAGUGGGCAUGUGUAGAUUUUAAAUUGUGUUUACAUGUUAGUAUGUUGUUGACGAGGGCAUGUGUAGAUUUUAAAUUGUUUACAUGUUAGUGUGUUGUUGACGUGGGCAUGUGUAAAUGUAUGUUAAAGUGUGUUUACAAUCAUACUUCUGUAUGUUAAAUGUUCGUGUUUUUAAACUGUAUUUACAUAUAGUGUGUUGUAGACGAUGGGUUGACGUAGUUUAAUAUAAAAAUGUGUUUACAUGUUGGCAUGAUGUUGACCAGGGAAUAAUGUUCAUGCAUUCUAUUUUAACAUUAGUUCACUUGAUGACGUUGAGAGGAUAUAUUUCAGAACGACUUGCAACUAUUCUGUUUUAUGUAAGACAGCAAGAUGGCAUUUAGUCAAUGUAACAAACGAUUGUUACUUGUACAUCAGGAGAUGUAACAUUGAUGUAUUAUAUUUGUUUCAUAGAUGUAUAAUAUUCGUAUCGUUGGUGUAUUAUUAAUUUAUAAGAUUCGGUUUUGUAUCACUUGUGUAGAAUGUAUUUAUCAUUAAUGCAUCAUAUUUGUAUCGUUGAUUUCUCAUCGUGUUAGAAAACAAACUGUUGUCUUAAAUGUGAUCCCCGACAGGGCCAUAUCAAAGAUAUUUUCGCUGUAUUGGCUACCCUAACCUUUAACCCACAUCUAAACCUUACCUCAAUCUUGAUCCUAACUUUCACUUUAACAGCGGCCAACAGAGGGGAACUUUUACGAGAUAAAAAUAUUUGUUUUUUUCUGGAAUUAUUAUUUUAUUUGUGAUUGUUAUUUACUCUACAACAUAAAAAUACAGACUAAAUUUUUCUUACAACUUUACAAACUCAAAACACGUCAUAACGUGUGUUUUAUAGCCGUACUUUAUUUAUCAACAAACGUCAUGAAAAAAAUUUGAAACGUGAUGUUUAGAAAUUUUAGCAAUCUAUAAUUCGUAAAAUAACAAAUUUCUUCAGAUGUAUUUUUUAAAAGGCAAAAGAAGUUGAUUUGCUAGCUUGAAUAAUGGGUAAACAUAAAUUUGGGAUUAAUUUUUAUUUGAUUUUUAAAGUUAUUUUUCACAAUUACUUUUACGCUUCAUUUUAUGUAAUAACAAUAUUGAGAAUAUUUUUUUUAUAUAUGUUAGCGAAAUUGGUUUAAGGUCUUACCGCUCUACGCUUUCGUUUCAGUAGGAAUUACAUUUUUUAGUUUUUCUCUCUUGGUUUCUAGUUUCGAUUUAAAAUUACAAUUAUGAAGUGUGUGUAAUAGGUUGUAUUACUCGAAUCAAUGACAUUAUCGUGGUGUGUGUUGUUAUGUUUCUUUCAGUUCUUAUUGUUAUUCAUUUUUGCUUAGUUAUUUAUUUUCUGUUUAUUUUGUUUGCUUAUAAAAACAAAUUAAAUCCUAGUUUAACCAAGUGCUUAAAUUUAGUAGAACAAAAUUUUCUUCGAUUAAAAAUUAUCUUUUACAAUAUAUAGAUUUAGAUCUAUAUUGUACAUUUUAAUUGGUUAUUAACACUGAGGGAGAGAAAAAAAAUUGCGCUAAGUUUUAAGUGAUGCAUUAUUUAUCAUUGAUAAGUUUAAUUAUUUGUUAUUGAAAACUUUAAUAACAGGUUCUUUUAAUAUAACGGCCGUUAUAAUUAUGUACUACACGACACCUUUCCUUAACCUGCCCCUUUUUUCAUCCCCUAACCCUAAAUUGGCCUAAGUCUAAACAUGAUAUCCAGAGGAUAAAAUCACGAACCAAUACAGCACUGAUCAGUUAAGGUAAUUUUUGUGGCCGAUUUAAAUUGUUGUUUUCUAUUGGCUAAUUAUAGAUCUACGUGUUUAUCACGAGGUUUAUGUUAGAGAGUUUUCCUGUUUUCAUGUCGCUGAGCUAUGAUACAACACCAAGACUCAAGAUGUCGCGAGUGAUCUAGUGUAUGAUAAGGCGUGAUGUGACGUAAUCAAUUUGUGUGCAUUACGUGAAGAGUGUGAUACUUUGAAUAGAUGAUUUUGUAUCCUUGUAUUCACAUCAGUUUUUCAAUCAUCCCCAGUGACACAAUAUUAAUGUGAUAUUCUUGAAUGGCAGUAAACUAUACACAAUGUUUUCAUCUUUUGCCGUACGUUUUAUGAUUAGAUCUCUUCACUAUAUGGACACUAGCUGUAUAUUUAGAGAUUGUCAGCUUCUGUGUAUUUACUCAAAGCAUAUUCUUACUUAUAAUUAACAUCACAUCUAUAUUUAUAAACUUUAUCUUAUAAUAAAUAUUUUCU